CUCAAAUCUAAUUAAUUUUUUCAAGAAUUCAAAAUAUUAUUAAUCUAAUUCCCUCUCCCUAUAUAUAGCCUCAUUGCCCUAUCGCCACACUGGUGGUCUUACUUUACCAUUUCAAACAAACACACCCACUUUACUAAAAUGUCACCGCUUACGGUGCUCCUCACCCUCACAGUCACCGUAGUUACCCUACUCCUCAGUGUCUCUCCCUCCGCCGCCUGGCGCCCGUGGCCCAGCACCAAAUACAACACCUCCGAUUUCAUCUACGGUAACUCUAAAAAAUACGAGGGCUCUUCCGAGUUCGUACACAUGAAAUACCACAUGGGGCCUGUCCUUAGUGCCAACAUCACCGUACACACUAUAUGGUACGGCACGUGGCAGAAGACUCAGAAGAAGAUCAUCCGUGAGUUCAUCAGCUCAAUCUCCGCCGUUAACGCUAAGCAUCCAUCGGUUGCCGGCUGGUGGAAGACGGUGCAGCUUUACACUGACCAAACCGGGAAAAAUAUUUCCAGUACGGUACUUUUGGGCCGGGAGAAAAACGAUCGUUUUUACUCCCACGGCAAGAGACUCACGCGCUUGUCCAUUCAGUCCGUGAUUAAAAGCCACGUCACGGCUAAAUCAAAUCCGUUACCGAUAAAUCCCAAGAGCGGGCUCUACCUUUUGCUCACAUCGGAUGACGUGUACGUCCAGGAUUUCUGCGGGCAAGUGUGUGGGUUCCACUACUUCACUUUCCCAUCAAUUGUGGGUUACACUUUACCGUACGCAUGGGUUGGCAACUCAGCGAAGUUUUGCCCAGGGGUGUGCGCCUACCCCUUCGCUGUACCGGAUUAUAUCCCCGGAUUAAAGCCGGCGAAGUCACCAAACGGCGACGUAGGAGUUGACGGAAUGAUAAGCGUAAUUGGUCACGAGAUUGCUGAGCUGGCAACGAACCCAUUAAUCAACGCUUGGUAUGCAGGACCCGACCCGGUUGCUCCGGUGGAGAUAGCUGAUUUGUGUGAGGGUAUUUAUGGAACCGGAGGGGGUGGGUCGUACACGGGACAAUUAUUGGACGGCGAAGAUGGUGCCACGUACAACAUGAAUGGAAUCAGGCGGAGGUACUUGCUUCAGUGGGUUUGGAGCAACGUGGUAAAUUAUUGUACUGGACCUAAUGCACUUGAUCAGUAAUUUCGAGGUUUUGCUGGGGGUUUCUGGUAAUUUAGAUAUUUGGAUUUUUGUUUUUGGUUUAUGGAUGCUUAUGGAUAAUUAGUUAAGGUAGUUAAAGUUUGUUAAUUACAUGUAAUAAUAAUUAUUGAUAUACUUAUUUUUGCAUACAAA